AUGGAGUCAACUGCGCAAGUGAAGCUGCUUUCAGCUGUCAAGAAUCUGCUCGACACUGGCGCGUUCUCCGACCUCACUGUAACCUGCGGUUCAGAUACCUACAAGGUCCACAAGAACAUUGUGUGUUCGCGUGUGGAGUUCUUCGCUCGUGCCAUGAAGUUCGGCGGCAAGGAAGCUAAGGAGGGUACUGUCGAUCUGCCUGAUGACGAACCUGCCAUUAUCAAACUGUUGUUCCAAUGGAUCUAUAAGGGCGAGUAUGGGCCUAGCGAAGACAAGACACCGGCGUCUCCUGCAGUUCUGGAGUCAACCUGGCUCGUCUCGAUGCGUAAUUAUGCGGCUGCGCGACGCGAUAGGGAUUCUAUCCCACCUCAUAUGAGGAACGAACCAGAGAUCAGCGAUUCAAGGAUCCCCCACACCUGUCUAUUCGAAGGAUGUAUGGAAAAGGUCUGCCAGCACCAUACCUGCGGAACCGAUUGCGAAUACGAGUGCGUUGGCUUCCUUUGCGGUAUCUGCAAGCCCAUCACAGGAGAAGCCAGCAACAAAGCUGAGGCGCUUCUCAUCCACGCCAAGAUGUACGAGCUUGCCGACAAGUACAGUAUUGCGGACCUCAAAGAUCUUGUCAAGGAGAAGUUCCAGCUCGCUUGCCGGCUGUCGUGGGACACUCCUACGUUCGCCAACGCAGCUCACUACGUCUUCUCUACCACCCCAGAUCAAGACAAAGGCCUACGGGACAUCGUGGCCUCCACUAUCACUAGUCACGCGAAGAUACUCUUGGAACGUCCGGAUAUUGAGGCUCUCUUGAGUGAGUUCAACGAUCUAACCCUUGAUCUACUCAAGGCCCAGGUGUUUAUGGUAUCUUUCGAUGACGAAGGACAGAGGUUGGCACCUGGUGGUCACGAAGGGUGGUCGUCACUCCGCACAAUCGGCUCAUCAUAG